UAUACACAAAAGGUUUAAAAUAAGUACUUUUCUUGUGUGAUAAACAGCAAAGUGUGUUAAAGGACACAUUGAAACGGCAACUUCAACGCAAAGUGCACAAUUACAAACAGUGAAAUGAAGCCAAUAUUAUAGUUUUUGCGUGCGUCGGCUGCUGAAAAACGUGGUUUCAGUUCAACACGGAGAAUUGCACACACUCAACGAGAGCGGCGGAACAAUCAAGUGACAGCGAUAAGGACAGGAUCAUGACCUUGGAAACGCAACCAGUUGGCGGGGGACUGUGCGAUGGCAAAAUUGCCGGACUCUACGAUCUGGAGGAGACACUCGGUUCGGGUCACUUUGCUGUCGUGAAGCUGGCGCGACAUGUGUUCACUGGUGCCAAAGUGGCAGUGAAAGUCGUUGAUAAGUUGAAGCUAGACGAGGUCUCCAAAGCGCAUUUAUUUCAGGAAGUUCGCUGCAUGAAACUGGUGCAGCAUCCGAACGUAGUGCGGCUUUAUGAAGUGAUUGACACGCAGACCAAGUUGUAUCUGGUGCUGGAGCUGGGCGAUGGCGGCGAUCUCUAUGAUUAUAUAAUGAAGCACGAGACCGGGCUGAGCGAGGAGCUGGCCCGCAAGUAUUUCCGACAAAUACUCCGCGCAAUCACGUACUGUCAUCAGCUGCACGUCGUGCACAGGGACUUGAAGCCAGAGAAUGUUGUAUUUUUCGAAAAGUUGGGUCUCGUCAAGCUGACAGAUUUUGGGUUUAGCAACAAGUUCUUGCCUGGCCAAAAACUGGAGACAUUUUGUGGCAGUCUCGCAUAUUCAGCACCCGAAAUAUUGCUGGGCGACUCAUACGAUGCGCCCGCAGUGGAUAUUUGGUCUUUGGGCGUCAUACUGUAUAUGCUGGUGUGUGGCCAGGCACCUUUUGAGAAGGCCAACGAUUCGGAGACGCUAACCAUGAUUAUGGAUUGCAAGUACACGGUGCCGUCGCACGUGACCCAGGAAUGCCGCAAUUUAAUUGCCACAAUGCUAGUGCGUGAUCCAAAAAAGCGGGCAACCGUUGAGGAAAUUGCAUCAUCCGCUUGGCUUAAGCAAAUCGACGAGCCCGAAUCCGUUGAGCACUCGCUGCCGCUGGUAAGCCGUGAGCAGCUGAGUGAAGAGGAUCACGCUUUUAUUAUACAGAAGAUGAUAAACGGAAACAUUGCGUCCAAGGAAGAGAUACUGCAGGCUCUAGAUAAAAAUAAGUACAAUCAUAUAACAGCCACAUAUUUUCUUCUGGCUGAAUUACGUUUGCGCCGACGACGAGAAGAGGCACACAAGCAAAAGCUGCAAGAGGCGGGUCUAAAACUGAGUGAUGUUGAUCGCAGGCCCACAGCAGAUAAGCCGAGUCCAACGGAAAAUCCCAAAGUAGUUGUGCCUGUUAGCAUAAAUGUCACCCCGGCAGCACAAUUUGGCAAUGAUAAUUCAAAGCCGGAUAAGCGUACCCGCAAGUGCAGCAUAGUACGAGAGGAGGACGAGGAGGAGUCGGCGAAUGAGGGCGGCGGCAUUGGGAAUGAGCUGCAAGUGGCUUCAAUGCGGCGCGAGUCCAUUUCCGAUGGACGCCUCAACCGCUCAUUGCAGGAGCGCCACUGUUCGUUAGCGCCAGCAGCCGAUGUGCCAACAAAUACACGCACAAAGAUAGUCGUGUCCGUCGAUACGCUCGCCCAGAAGCUAAAGCAAAUGGAAAAAUGUGUCAAGGUGGAUGAGGACACAAUAAGCGGUCUAAAGGAGCUCGAAAUUGGGAAGCUGAAGCCGUUGCCCAGCAGCAGCAAGAAUCCGGUGCUGACGCAUCGACGUACAAAGCUUAAUAAGAUACGUACGCCAUCGUGCAGCAGUUCUGAGGCAUCUGACGAUGACACAAAGACCCGUAACAAGAAGAAGAUUAACAAGUUCACUGGCGAUACACCCAUAAGAUUUCGCACGCAUCGGAGAGACUCGCACGAUGAUUCCAGCGACUCACAGGAUCAAUUGUAUCCACCGCCGGGCUCCAAUAGCAGCGCUGCGAAUUUCAUUUCGAAUAGCAAUUCUGGUGUAAGUGGCAAAAAAGAGGAGCAGGGACAAUAUAAAGAGCCAAAUAAAUCGGAGGAAACACGCAAAUCUCACACUCAAAAGAAUAGGAAGCAUCAUAGUAAGGACCAUGUUGAUAAACAUUCCCAAGCGGAAAAACAGCAAACAGUAGUAUUUGAAAGUACAACAACACGUCGAAGGCGCAUGCGCGAAAGCCAGUCAUUGGAUCGCAUCACAGAGGCUCAGGAAUACGAGCUGCGUCAUCGUCAUAUAAAUGAAGCAGCCGGUGGAGAUGCUGCAACAGGUGAAUCAAGUCAUCAACAACAGCAACAACAACAACAUAUCCAGCAAAGAAAUUCAUUAUUCAAUUUAAAUACAUUCUCCGUUGCCGAAACUAAAGAAGAAUAUGACGAAGAGUCCGAUUUUAUACCGGACAUCGAUAAUACGGACCAAAUCAUGAACACAUUGAAUGCAGCCAAAGCAACGCUUAAGCAAAAGCAAUAUUUUAAUGACACCAAUUAUAGUAGGAACUAUAACAAAAACAGCAGUAGUAGCAACAACAACAAAAAGAAAUCCAACGAAACACCAAAAGAUAUUUAUAAUCUGAACUCAAUCGAGAAAAUCGAUUUGAUUUUGGAAGAUAAAAGCCUUACCAAAGCAAUACAUGUUACCGGCUCUAAAUGCUUUGUCACUAUGAAGAAAAUUCGAAGGCUCGGAAAAUAUUUUCCGGUAGUAAACUUUUCUUAAGACAUAGUUACCGUUAUAUUAAUAGCUGCAAAGUGCAUUCUAAAUCUUAAAAAACGUAGAAAAUAUGUAGAAAAUAUGCGUGUACGUGUAUGUAUUACAAAAAAAUUAAGAGAAAAGUUAUUAAAAAAAAAUACAUAUGCGACAAUUUAAUAUUAGUUGUAGCGUAAUUUAAUUUAUUAUGCAAUCUUUAACUAGCAAUAAAAAAGGCACAUAUUUUGACAUUAUGCUAACCUCAUUUACUGAUGAGAAACCAUUGUCUAAUCUCGAAACACCACACGCACAAAUAGAUUUCGUGCAUUCCCGAAAUAAAUGUAUGUUAUGGCGAUAAGUGUGUGGGUACAAUGUACAAACCAACUCAAAUAAAGUCAAUAAAAUAUAAACCCCAAAGUAUUGAA